AUGAAGUCCAGCAAGAAGAAUAUCUUACAAAUAAUUUUCAGUGCAUUAGAUACUGAAUCAGAAAAAGUAGUGCAAACUGCUUUAGAACAAGCUGCCAAAGGAAGAACAGUACUUGUUAUAGCACAUCGCUUAUCCACUAUUCAAAAUGCAGAUAUAAUAGUAGUUUUACACAAAGGUCGAAUUGUAGAGAUGGGAACUCAUGAAGAAUUGAAGAAUUUGAAAGGAUACUACUGGGCAUUGAACUUCCAACAGCAUGAAGACCCUCCUGCUGGUUGAUAAUAUUUCUUUAUGGGUACUGUACCUGUUAAUUAAAUAAUUGAAUAAAAUUGACGAAGUAUCUUAUUAGACCUAACAGAAUUAUGUUUGCCAUGCAUCACAAAAUUAUAAUACCUAUAUUGUAUACGCAUAUAUAAUAAUAAAACUUUAAAAAUAA